AGACCAGAGGAGCCACAUUCACCUCACAGCUCAGAGCUUCUGUUAAUCUCAACAGGCUGCAGAGGACGAGUCAAACAUGAUGUACGGACUGUCUUUAAGGGUGUCUUGGAUCUGUCUGCUGCUGUUCAGCAGUGGUGCUUGUUUUCCUGCAACCAAAGGAGACUACAGGUAUCCCUACACCUGGAGCUCUGGUGGUGGUUCAGCUCCUGGAUCAAACCUUGAGUCUGAAGGCUCACGUCCUCCUCUGGUGAACCUGCAGUAUGAACCAUCUGUUAGUUCUCAGCAGCCUGAGACAGCCCCCCAGCAGGCCAGCUCUUCCACUGGAAACCAGUCCCCAUCCAGUGUGGGAGCUCCCAGUGCAUCUGCAGCCUCUUCACCAAGUUAUGGGAAGAAGACUCCCAGCUUCUCUGUGCAGCCUCAGUCUGCUGCUGGCACCAGUGGAAACCUCAACAUGGGCUCAGGUGGGGCGGCAUCUGGUCCAGUGUACGGGGCUGCUCCAGCAUACCCUGCUGCUGGGUACAUGGACUUUGGUGACGGACCUGUUCCUUACAUCGGUGCUCCUGCAGCCUCCAGCUCUGCCAGCUCUUAUGCUUACGCUGCUCCUGUAGCCUACAGCUCUGGUGAUGACGGUGAUUUUUCUCCUGGCCUUCCUUGGUCCAUGCAGCCUGCAGGGGGAGCCGACUCCUCAUUCUCCGACCCCAGCAACUGGAUGCCAUCUCGAGAGUUCCCAGACUUCAGUGUCUGGGACUCCAAUACCGAGAUGCCGCAGAGCAUGAGCGAGACUUCCCCUCUGCCCCCUCUACCCCCUCUGCCGCCUUCAUCCUACAUCAUCCAGUCCAGAAAUGGCUACCAGCGAGCACAAGAGUUCCUUUCCCACACUAAAUACUCCCCAGAGUACCCUGAACCACCAGUCUUUGCUGCUGAGACCGUCAAAGCACCACACAUGUCUCCACCAGAGGCUGGGAGCAAAGGAGGAAAGAAGGUUUAAAGAGGUCACCUUGCUGACUGAGCUUUAGCCUCUCUGGAACUGUUUUUGCUAAGUAUGCUAAAUUCAAAAUAAAAGAACUGACAUGA